AUGCCUCUCCCAGGAGUCCCCAGAGCCAUGACUGCAACUGUGCAGACGCUGCGGUUCAAGCUGCUGCCGCGCUACCGCUGCUUCAAGGCCGUCAUGUUCCUGACGGGGCUGAUGUUCGGCUCCAUCAUCAUCUUCAUGCUGUGCUACAAGGAGCGGGUGCUGGACACGCAGCUGAGCGUGGAGGCCUCGGUGGGCAUCGGGCUGGGCAUCGGGGUCCUGUGUGGGCUGGUCACCAUGCUGGUGCGCAGCGUCGGCCUCUUCAUGGUGGGGCUGCUCCUGGGGCUGCUGCUGGCGGUGGCCACGCUGGUGGUGAUGGAGCAGUUCUACCACCCGCCGACGGUGUGGAUCCCCAUCGCGCUGCUCCUGGGAGUGUUCGGCAGCGCCAUCAUGACCGUCACCGUCGACUACUUCAUCGAGCUCUUCCUCCUGGUGCAGUACAUUUACGAGCGCAUCAAGGUGGCCCCAGCUCGCCCCGUGUGCUGGUACAGCUGGGUCAUCCUGGGCGUCUGGCCGCUCCUCACCACGCUGGGUGUCCUGGUGCAGUGGAAGGUCACGGCCGAGGGCUACUCCCACACCGAAG